UAUACAAUAUUUUCAAUUUACUGAGUGCCAUCAUUCACCUUCUGCAUGAUGUUCAUCACCCCCACUUCCAGACUCCACUCUGCUUGACUUUUUACAUACACCAAGUCCUAUAAGUCACUUGUGUCUCGAGGCUUCUCUUGCCCAGGUUUGAUUGAGAUUGACACACAAAGGAAAACCAAAAAAACAUGAAAUUAUUCUCAGCUCAAGUUGAGGAAGGAAAGGAAGGCAAAGAUGGCAAGCCUUCGGUUGGUCCGGUUUACCGGAAUUUACUCUCUAAGCACAACUUCCCUCCACCUGAUCCAGAAUUAACCACAUCUUGGGAUUUAUUCAGCAAAUCCGCGAACCGAAACCCCGGAAACCGGAUGCUCGGCUGGCGAAAACUUGUUGAUGGGAAGUUUGGACCUUAUGUUUGGAAAACAUACAAGGAAGUUUACGAGGAAGUUCUUCACAUUGGUUCUGCGUUACGAGCAUCUGGUGCUGAACCUGGCUCCCGUAUUGGCAUUUAUGGAUCAAACUGCCCUGAAUGGAUUGUGGCAAUGGAGGCUUGCAAUGCCCAUAGUUUGAUUUGUGUGCCUCUCUAUGAUACCCUUGGGCCAGGAGCUGUAAAUUUUAUCAUAGAUCACGCGGAGGUCGAUUAUGUUUUUGUCCAAGAUAAGAAAGUAAAAGAACUGCUGAAUCCUGAUUGCGGAUCUUCUCAACGGCUGAAAUCUAUGGUUUGCUUCACUUCAUUGACAGAAGAACAGAAGGAGAAGGCGGCCCAGUUCGGGAUAAAACCAUUCUCAUGGCAUGAAUUCCUUGACAUGGGAAAACAAAACCCAAUAGAGAUUGUUCCACCGCAGACUUAUAAUGUUAGCACAAUUAUGUAUACCAGUGGUACCAGUGGAGAUCCUAAAGGUGUUGUGUUAACACAUGAAACUAUUGCCUUUUCUGUUAGAGGGGUUGACCUUUUCAUGGAACAGUUUGAGGACAAGAUGACAGAUGAUGAUGCCUAUUUAUCUUUUCUGCCUCUGGCUCAUAUCCUUGACCGCCUGGUCGAGGAGUACUUCUUCCAUAAAGGCGCUUCUGUCGGCUAUUAUCAUGGGGAUCUUAAUGCAUUGGCGGAUGAUCUAACGGAACUAAAGCCAACACUUUUUGCUGGGGUGCCUCGAGUUUUUGAACGAGUACACGAAGGCAUUAAGAAAGGGGUACAAGAACUCAAUCCGAGAAGGAGAAAAAUUUUUGAUCUUCUCUACAAAUACAAACUUGCUUGGAUGAAUUGGGGGUACAAAAACAAAAAUGCUUCACCACUAGCAGAUUUCUUGGCAUUCAGAAAGAUUAAAGCUAGGCUAGGUGGUCGUGUAAGACUCAUAUUAUCUGGAGGUGCUCCUUUGAGCCACGAGAUCGAAGAAUUUUUGCGGGUUACUAGUUGUUCCUUUGUUGUCCAAGGCUAUGGAUUGACAGAAACGUGUGGACCAGCAACUCUGGCCUUUCCAGAUGAAAUGAGCCUGGUUGGGACUGUUGGUUCCAUAUCAGUAUUCAACGAGUUGCGCCUCGAGGAGGUCCAGGAGAUGGGCUACAACCCGCUCGGGAACCCUCCCCGUGGCGAGAUCUGCCUUAGAGGGAAGUCUGUGUUUGUUGAGUACCACAAGAAUCCUGAGCUGACAAGGGAAGUAAUGAGGGAUGGGUGGUUUCAUACAGGAGACAUAGGGGAAAUGCUCCCAAAUGGGGCUGUAAAGAUAAUUGAUAGGAAGAAGAAUCUCAUAAAACUUUCCCAAGGAGAGUAUGUUCCACUUGAACACUUGGAAAAUGUUUAUGCUAUCACUCCAAUUGUUGAAGAUAUAUGGAUCUAUGGGGACAGCUUCAAGUCAUUCAUAAUCGCAGUAGUUGUACCACACGAGGAAAAUACCAAAAAAUGGGCAUAUUUGAAUGGUCAUAUGGGUUCAUUUUCUGAACUUUGUCAUCUUGAUCAGCUAAAGAACCAUAUACUUUCCGAGCUUAAGUUGACAGCUGAGAGAAACAAGCUGAGAGGUUUCGAAUACGUCAAAGGAGUGAUUCUAGAGCCUCAACCUUUUGACAUGGAAAGAGAUUUGGUGACCGCAACUUUGAAAAAGAAAAGAAACCAUCUUCUCAAGUACUAUCAGGUCCAAAUUGAUGAACUCUACCAUAACUUGCCCGGAAUGAAAUGACAAGUUCUUGGUCUGCAACGAAAGAGUACAUUCUUCCACAGAGUGUUACUGGUCUUCCCUCUUGUCUAAAAGAAACACAGCAAAACAGGAAAAAAAAAUUAAAAAUUAAAAAAAAAUAAAAAAAAAAGAAGAAGUAGAAAAAGAAAAAAAAGUGUUUCACUUGUGCUAUUGGUGUUAUGACAGUCAGCUAGUGCUGAUAUGCAUUUAUAUGUGAUGUGUAGUAAAUUGAGAACAUUUUCCCACUUAUCAAAUUGCAUUAUAAGAAUUAGUAGAUAUUCUGUUCUUGGCAAUGGCCAAAAUAACACAUUGCUUUCACCAUCA